GCGCCGCCGGCCCCACACGCUCUUCUCUGCCGUCCGCCCGACCAGCCAUGGGGAAGAUCACCUUCUACGAGGACCGGGGCUUCCAGGGCCGCCAGUACGAAUGCAGCAGCGACCACUCCAACCUGCAGCCCUACUUGAGCCGCUGCAACUCGGUGCGCGUGGACAGCGGCUGCUGGAUGCUCUAUGAGCAGCCCAACUACGCGGGCAGCCAGUACUUCCUGCGGCGCGGCGACUACCCCGACUACCAGCAGUGGAUGGGCCUCAGCGACUCGGUCCGCUCCUGCCGCCUCAUCUCCCACGCUGGCCCACACAGGAUCAGACUCUACGAGAGGGAGGAUUACAGAGGCCAGAUGAUAGAGUUCACUGAGGACUGCUCCUCCCUUCAGGACCGCUUCCACUCCAAUGAGAUCCACUCCCUCAACGUGCUGGAGGGCUCCUGGGUCCUCUACGAGCUGCCCAACUACCGCGGGCGGCAGUACCUGCUGAAGCCCGGAGACUACCGGCGGUACCAGGACUGGGGGGCUGUGAAUGCCAGAGUGGGCUCUCUGAAAAGAGUCCUAGAUUUCUACUGAAAUAUGUUCUCCUUCAUCGUUUCUCAAUCUGGAAACUAAUAAAAUAUUUUCUGUGUGUUCCUGGCA